CGUAUCUUUUGGUGACAGCGACGAAGCUACAUCUGCUGAACGGCGAGAAGCAGAUCACAAGGAUGGGUGGUAAAUGGAUUACGCGGUACGCCAACAUAAAUAAGUUGUAUGAAGAUGUUGAUCUUGCAGAAAUCGCAAAGGAACACAAGAGCAAGACUGGCGGUGAGCCGGUAAUUGUGGUGGACGGAAAUGGAGUUGUGUGGUACUUGUAUCGAAACUGUGACUUCCAUUGUGGUGGGCAGUACAAGGAAUUCAGGGAGGCUUGUAGGAACCUAACGCAGAAAUUCAGGAGCUCCGGCGUCCGGCUCGUAUUCUUCUUCGAUGGACUAGCAUCUGCUGAGAAGAAUGGGAAAUUGGUGGAGGGGUCUACAGAAGGAGUGAAAAAAAGUAAUAAGAGGUUAGGAAAAGAGCAUGCUAGUAAUUCCACAGCGAAAGUGCCUAAACAACUACCCGAAGGACUAAUACCGUGUGCCCGGGUGAUUUUCAAGUGUGAACCAUCAAGUGAGGUGCGCCUCUGUGUGGAAGAUUAUCAUCAGGAGAUCGCUCAGUUCGCAGCAAGCCACAGAAAUUGCCUUGGAAUAUUGUCCAACACUGGAAAUUUCCUGAUAUACAAAGAUGUACCAAGCAUGUUCUUACUACACAGUAAAGAUAAACAGGGAGACAGAGGGGUGAGGACGAUGCGUUACUGUUCUUCUGACAUCGCCUCACAUCUUGGCAUCCAGCAACACCACCUGGCUGCAGUCCAGACAUUCUUAGCAAGUGAUACCAUCAACAGGGACGAGAUGCGGCACGCACAUCGAAGAAUUGGUGAACUUUAUGGGCGAAAAGAACUUCUAGAAAGCGCUGUAGCUGAGCUGGUCAAGAAUAAUACGUUGGAGGAAAUGUGUCACAUAGCAUUCGGUGACAGGUGGCGAGUAAACGUGGACAGAGUGAAAGCAGAAAUUGACCAUUACAGUUACAAGCGAAGGACAUCUGAAAGGACUCCACAAAGCUCCAGCUGGUCUAAUGUUCUCCAGCGUAUUACAGACAAACACUCAACUGGCGAGAUACCAGCAGUGUUACUGUCAGUGGCCAAGUGCCGUGCACUGCAGGUAGGUGCUGCACUGGAAGACUUGUCGCAUGCAAAGAGUGGUACCACUUCGCUAGGAGAACAGCUUCAACGUUUGAGGAGCAGGAUAUACACUGUGCUGCUGUGGGAAAGUGGAGACGGUCCAUUCCAGGUGGAGGAGAAGGUGACCAGAAAGACUGAGGUGCAACGGACGCAAGUUGUGGUCCAGAAGCAGCUGCCACCGAGUGUGGUACACCCGGGCCUGCUGAAACUGUGGUCUGGAGAUCUGGAAACGCGCUGGCGGCUCUUCAGCUGGAUAGUGGGGUUCCCACAGCCGUCCGCCCUGAGGUCCCUGGAGCCCCAGUGCCUAGUAGUCCCAGCCACCGCACUGCACUUCCUUCGGCACGAGACCUGUCUUCUGACUGGCCACGAGGCUGAGAUCUUCGCUGUGGUCGCCGUGACUGUGAGCGGCCUCACACCUCAACAGCUGGCCCAGAAAAGCAUCCCAACGCUAGACCCACACGCCAUCUUCCUAGCGACACUCUUCAACCGCACUGCCCUGCACGUGUUGGAUGCGGCCGCUGUCUGUGGCUUGUCCUUCCCACAGGAGGCAGACUGCCACUUGGAUGCCUACUUUGAUGGGAAGUUGUUCCAUGAGCUCUUCCUCAGUGCUAAGGCCCAAUCGUUCCGAAGAGUCGGGACCCACGCUUCCUGGAACCCAUCGUAUCUCAACCGAAUCCACAAAUUGCUGGAUAUAAUAGAACAAGCUAAGUAAUGUACACUGAGUGGAUAAUCAAUGUGUAGUAUACUA